AUGUUCUUCCGCACUUCUCACGUCGUGGCCGCCAUGGCUCUUUUCGAAGGGUCGUUGGCAAAAGACUGGCUCAGCCCCGAGUACAAGUUCUUCUACCAAUUUCCCCUGCCAAUUCCUCCAGUCAAGCAGCCGAAAUUUCAAGUUACAAACCCCGUGACGAACAAGCCGAUUGACUACUACGAGAUUGAUGUCCUGCCGUUCAAGAAGCAGGUCUACCCCGAUAGGGGGCCGGCUUCGCUAGUGGGCUACGAUGGCAUGUCCCCCGGUCCUACCUUCUUGGUUCCCAGGGGCCGGGAAACCGUCGUUAGGUUCACGAAUAAGGCGGUGACCCCAAGUGCCGUCCAUCUUCACGGCUCAUAUUCGCGGGCACCCUGGGACGGAUGGGCCGAGGACUUGAUCAGGCCGGGUCAGUACAAGGAUUACUACUAUCCCAACAGCCAAAGCGGCCGCUUCCUCUGGUACCACGACCAUGCCGUGGAUAUCACCGCCGUCAACGCCUACUUCGGACAGGCCGGCGCCUACAUCAUCCAAGACCCCGCCGAAGACGCCCUCGGCCUCCCGAGGACCUACGGCGUCGACGACAUCCCCCUCAUGCUGUCCUCAAAGAUAUACAAACCGGACGGCUCCCUCCUCUCCCCCGCCGGCGAGACCGACAGCCUCUACGGCGACGUCAUCCACGUCAACGGCCAGCCCUGGCCCUUCUUCGAGGUUGAGCCCCGGAAGUACCGCCUCCGCUUCCUCAACUCCGCCGUCUCCAGGUCCUUCAUCCUCUACUUCCGCCGCCAGACCGGCGCCGCCGAGGACCUGCCCUUCCAGGUGAUCGCCUCCGACGCCGGCCUGCUCACCAACCCCGUCAACUCGACCACCCUCACCAUGUCCAUGGCGGAGCGCUGGGAAAUCAUCUUCGAUUUCUCCCGGUUCGCGGGCCAGAACGUCACCCUGCGCAACCAGGACGACGUAGGCAAGGACAAGGACUACGCCUUCACGAACCAGGUGAUGCGCUUCGUCGUCGGGGCGAAAACCACCGCCGUCGACAACACGCUCGUGCCCGCCAAGCUGCGCGACGUGCCCUUCCCGUCCCGCGGCCCAGGCCUUGCCGCCGUCGACAGGAAGUUCGAGUUCCACCGCCAGAACGGCCUCUGGAAGAUCAACGGCGUGGGCUUCAGUGAUGUGCGCAACCGCAUCCUGGCCAAGGUGCCCCUCGGCACCGUUGAGGUUUGGGAGUUCGAGAACUCGGGCGGCGGCUGGACGCACCCGAUCCACGUGCACCUCGUCGACUUCCGCAUCCUCAGCCGCACCAAGAAGGGCCGCGGCGUGCUCCCAUACGAGGCCGCCGGCCUGAAGGACGUGGUGUGGCUCGACGCCGGCGAGACCGUCCGGGUGGAGGCGCACUACGCGCCGUGGGACGGGGUGUACAUGUUCCAUUGCCACAACCUCAUCCACGAGGACCACGAGAUGAUGGCGGCUUUCAACGUGACGGCUCUUGCUGACUUUGGGUAUCACGAAACUUCCUUCGCGGAUCCCAUGGAAUCUCGGUGGAGGGCGGUCCCUGUCAAUGUUGCUGCUUUUACUCGCGAGGUCAUCACGAAGAAGGUCCAGUUCAUGGCGUCGCUGCAGCCGUACAACAAUGCUGAAGACGUCUUGCGCAGGCUAGAUGCGUACUGGGCUGCUCGAGGCGGCGCGAAGAUGAGGAGGGUUAAGCGGGCUGAGCAGUAG